UAAUAAUGAGAGACACCCUCUACUAGCAGCAACAGAUAAAGAACAUUUAGAAAUAGUGAAGCAUCUCAUUGAAUCUACUGACUGUGAUAUUAAUGUUAGAGAAGAGGGAACUGGGUCCACUCCAUUACAUAAAGCAUGUUAUAAUGGAUCACUGUCGAUAGUAGAAUAUUUGAUAUCUAAACCACAGUGUGACAUUGAAGCUAAAGACAAUGAAGGAAACCAACCACUUCAUUAUGCAGCAUGUCAAGGACACAAGGAAAUAGUUUCAAUAUUAGGAAAGAAAGUGAGGGAGGAUGGUUUAUAUAAAUGUAUGGAAUCAGCAAAGGAACUAGCAGAACCAGAUAUAAUGGAACUAUUAAAUAAUCAAUAUAAAGAUAGGAGAUCAUUAAUUGAUGCUUGUAAAUCAGGAAAUAAUGUUAAUGCUAAAGAGAAGUUUGGCAAUACACCAUUACAUUAUGCAUGUGACAAGGGUAAUUUUCAAAUUGUUGAAAUUUUAACCAAAUCACAAUGUAACACUAUUGAAGCUGAAGGCACUGAUAGUCUGAGACCACUACACAAAGCAUGUAAAUCUGGAAAUGUAGACAUUGUACGUCAUCUUGUGAUUGAUAAACACUGUGAUGUUAAUGCUAAAGACAAGGAUGGCUAUACACCAUUACAUUAUGCAUGUGACAAGGGUAAUUUUCAAAUUGUUGAAAUUUUAACCAAAUCACAAUGUAACACUAUUGAAGCUGAAGGCACUGAUAGUCUGAGACCACUACACAAAGCAUGUAAAUCUGGAAAUGUAGACAUUGUACGUCAUCUUGUGAUUGAUAAACACUGUGAUGUUAAUGCUAAAAACAGGGAUGGCUAUACACCAUUACAUUAUGCAUGUGACAAGGGUGAUUUUCAAAUUGUUGAAAUUUUAACCAAAUCACAAUGUAACACUAUUGAAGCUGAAGGUACUGAUAGUCUGAGACCACUACACAAAGCAUGUAAAUCUGGAAAUGUAGACAUUGUAUGUCAUCUUGUGAUUGAUAAACACUGUGAUGUUAAUGCUAAAGACAAGGAUGGCUAUACACCAUUACACUACGCAUGUGACAAGGGUGAUUUUCAAAUUGUUCAAAUUUUAACCAAAUCACAAUGUAACACUAUUGAAGCUGAAGGCACUGAUAGUCUGAGACCACUACACAAAGCAUGUAAAUCUGGAAAUGUAGACAUUGUACGUCAUCUUGUGAUUGAUAAACAAUGUGAUGUUAAUGCUAAAGACAGGGAUGGCUAUACACCAUUACAUUAUGCAUGUGACAAGGGUAAUUUUCGAAUUGUUAAAAUUUUAACCAAAUCACAAUGUAACACUAUUGAAGCUGAAGGCACUGAUCGUCUGAGACCACUACACAAAGCAUACAAGGAUGGCUAUACACCAUUACAUUACGCAUGUAACAAGGGUCUUUUUGAAAUUGUUAAAAUUUUAACUAAUCAACCACAAUGUAAUUUUGAAGCUGAAGAUAAUUCUAAUGACAGACCAAUACACAAAGCAUGUAAAUCUGGAAAUGUAGACAUUGCACGUCAUUUUGUGAUUGAAAAACACUGUGAUGUUAAUGCUAAAGGGAUGAAUGGUUUUACACCAUUACAUUACGCAUGUGAAAGUGGUCACUUUGAAAUUGUUAAAAUUUUAACUAAUCAACCAUACUGUAACACUGGAGUUGAAAACAAUUUUAAUGAGAGGCCAUUACAUUUGGCACUUAGUCAUAAACCUCUUCAUAAAACUCAUAUGAACAUUAUAAAUUAUCUUGUUCAAGUUAAAGGUUGUAAGACUCGGGGGAUAACAACUCAUGAUAGCAGGGCUAGUAGCUAUUUUCAUAUUCAUGAAUCUAGCUGUAUAGCAUUAUUACGUGUUGUUAAGUGUAUAUUGACAGGUCCUCCUGGUGCUGGUAAGAGUACAUUAAAGAAGAGACUCCUCAAUCAAUCUCUUGAUACAGGUCCUUCUCUUAGUACUGGUGUAAUUGAUGCAGCUGUACAAGUUAAUUCAUUUCGUAAACUAUCACAGCACAACGCAGUAGUGACUACAGAAUGGAAGGAACAGGAACUUGAUGAAGAAGCUGUACUGAUCACUAAGAAACUAUUACCAGCAAGCAACAUGUCAGGUGAAAGUAUUGAACCUACUGCACCUCAUCAGUCUACUUCAUUGUUUGAAGAUACAGAAACUUCAUUUGAAAACCGAUCAAGAUUAUCAGAUGAGGAAAUUGGCUUAUCUGAUCAACAUGAUAAUACAAGUGUUAUGCCUUCACCUACUUUCAUGCACUCUGAAGUAAAUGAUGUUGCAAAUUAUAAUGAAGAGAGCUCAGAUAUGGAGCAUGAGAAUAUACUAGUAGCUGAUUUAUGCAGAACAUCUGUCAAUCAGGAGAAGAAAACUGAUGCUGAAGAUACCUGUUACAAAAAGACAAAAAUACGAAAGAAAGUUUGA